UUCUUUCAAACUGUUGUUAGGUCAGGCAUGAAUGGCAUUGAUACUUUUUUAGUGCCAAAUGGUAAAUGGUCUUUGCUUAUUGCUAAAUAUUAUUCCUGACUUUGACAGGCAAUUCUUUACAGUAAACUGGGUCAAGAGGCAUUAGUGCUCCAAAUUUUGGCAUUAAUCAGCACUGAAGAAAAUGAAGAUGAAACGACUGAAAAUGAAGAAAAUUCGGGUUCUGCUUCUACUUUUGCAAGUACUGAAGAAAGUAUUGAACUUUCACCAGCAAGAGCAAGACCUCAAAGGGUGAACCGUGCACAAACAAGACUCAUGUGUUCAUUUCUCCAAGCAAGUUGAGGAUGAAGCUCAUAGGGCCUCACCAUCUUAGAAAGAAGGAUGGAUCAAACAGUAACUCUUCUAGACACAAUUUGGUUUGCUAAGGAAGGUAGUGCAUAAGCCAUGGUUCUUGACAGCAUUCUAUCUUCUCCUCAUCGUAGGUCACCAUCAUUCAGGAAGCAAUUCUCGCGGGAUGAUUCAUUAAGCUGGCCAACACUCCUUCAAAGGCACCGCUUCCUCUUAAUAGCUCUAAUUCUCCUAGCUUUCCUAUGCACAGUGUAUCUUUAUUUUGCUGUCACUUUAGGUGCUUCUGGAUCAUGUUCUGAUUUAAAGGGUGCUCAGAAAGCGUCGGGUUUGGAUGCAAAAGCUUCUGUGGGCAAUGGAAAAUUGAAAUUCCUUUGACAUGUAGAUGAUAAUUAUAGUUGGAAAGCAUUUCAGUCCUUGGUUCUUUUCGAUUCUAAGGAGAUUGAAUUUAACCAUACUUUUAAAAUUGCAAUAGGUUGUUUGCUGUUUUUGAACUCAAUUGUCCUGAACCUUAUAUAUGAGAAACGUAACAAAAAUUUCAUUUGGAGACUACAUAGCAAAAAUUUCAUUUGGAGACUGUAAUAACUUUGAUGUGAUUAUAUAGUUUUUUAUAAGCUAAUGUAAGUUCUUUGAAAGAAUUCAAGGGCCA